CGAUCAGGCGGUGCAGUUCGCCAUGACGUUCCCGGCAGAGUGGUCGUUGAUAGCGCUUGCUGCUCUCGCCCUGCCGUGCUCCGCCCUUUCGGCCAAGUGGUGGCACGCUGUCAAGAUCGGCGUCGACAGCACACGCGGCAACGGCAGACUUGUUGAGUUUCUGAAGGUCGGCAAGGAGACCUGUGUUGCGAUGGCCACCCUCACGACCUGGAGUGACCUGUUUUGCUACCAGGAUGGCCGGUGCUUGAUUUCCGAGGUCAAGGUGGCAGGCGAUCGGGACGAUUCUGCGUAUGGCCCUGCUGUCCCAUGCUGGACUAAACAUGCGUGUCUUUUCCAAGGCGUCGGAUAUAACGAGGGAGAAACCUUUGUCGAUAAGUGUCUGCCUUUCAGAUGUCAAAAUCGCAGUGCUGUCCUUCAGCUGCCGGCUGUUUCCUCGUCUUGCAACGACACCUUCACUAUUGUCCCCGGCGUGGGAUGCGUCAACCUCCAGCCCCACGAGAUGACCUGGUGCGACCCAAGAGCUGUCUGCAGGGACUACGGAGGUCAGCUUGUGUCGCCCGAGGACUUCCAUGCUUUUGGUCAGAGGCUGGCACGGGAUGACAUCGUGUGGAUAGGAAUCCGAGGCCGGAAGUGGGCGGACCGGGCCGAGAUUCCCGAUUCCUUGGAAGGCGGCGACGAUUCCUUGGAAGGCGGCGACGAUUCCAGUCCCGAUGGACCCUUUGAACUCAUCUGCGAAAUAAAGAUUAAUAAUAAAUAAAUAAUAAAUAAAGACAACAC